AUGGGCUCGACAACCAAAUACGCUAUUCCAGAAGGAAGCCUUGUCGUCGUCAGUGGCGCCAACGGCUUUCUCGCGAGCCAUGUCGUUGACCAGCUUCUGUUGGCGGGUUAUCGCGUCCGGGGGACCGUGCGCAGCGCAAAGAAGUCUGGCUGGGUUGCUGACUAUUUCGGAACCAAGUAUGGCGUGGGCAAAUUUGAGUUGAUCGAAGUGCCGGAAAUGGCAGAGGCAGGGGCCUUCGACAAGGCAGUCAAAGGUGCUUCCGGGUUCAUCCACACAGCCACACCUGUCAUGGUGUCCUAUGAUCCAAAUGAAGGGAUCCCGAUUGUCGUGGAGGGUACGCUGAACGCAUUGAAAGCCGCUGCUGGCGAGCCCACGGUCAAGCGGUUUGUGUUGACAUCGUCCUCCACUGCUGCCAUCAGUCCCAAACCAGAUCUCGAGUUCAGUGCUGACGAGUCGACCUGGAACGAAGAAGCUGUCAAAGCGGCCUGGGCGCCUCCACCGUACGAAGGUGAACAGCGCAAGUUGGACGUGUACUCUGCCAGUAAGACCCAGGGCGAGCAGGCCGCAUGGAAAUUUGUGAAGGAGCAGAACCCGGGAUUUGUCUUGAAUACCGUCUUGCCCAAUUGUAACAUGGGUUUGGUCCUAUCGCCAGAAAACCAAGGGGCACCGAGCACAGUGGGAUGGCUCAAAGCGCUCUGGAACGAGUUCAAGGGCCAAGAGAGGCUCAAAUUCAACCCUCCGCAGUAUUAUGUCAAUGUCCAAGACACAGCUCGCGUUCACGUCGGAGCUCUCAUCUUCCCUGAUGUGAGCGGCGAGCGAUUGUAUGACUUCGCCUACCCAUUCAACUGGAACGACAUUCUGGCAAUAUACCGAAAGCUGUAUCCAAACCGCAAAUUCAUGGACAAUAUUCCUGAUCUCGGCAGAGACCUGAGCAAAGUCACGAACGGGAGGGCCGAGGAGAUCGUGAAACGAUUCGGUCGACCUGGGUGGACGAACUUGGAAGACACUAUCCGCGACUCUACUCAGAGCUGGACCUGA